AUCAAGCUGAUUUGUGAAGUUGUUGCCCGGAAAUUUUAUCUGAUAAAAACCUGGACAUUAUUGGUCAGUGGCAUACGGAGUCAUCAAUUCAGAGAACAAAAACCCUUUAUUGGCUAUCAAUUUGAUGACAAACUUGUAGCAAAGAUUUGCAUCAAAAUGUGGCCUGAAUUUACACUCCUGGAACCUCUGGCUGUAAUUCAUAAAUUCUGA